AAUAAUUCAAAUCGCAAGUGCUUUUAUCAGUUAAGCCGCAGAUUCAUUCAUGAAUAGCGAGUGUACAUAGGAAUAAAUAAUACAUAAAUGUUUUGCAAUUUAAAACAAGUCCUGCUUGCAGUUUGUGCCGUGGCACUGUUCAGCGUAGCAGUGGAAUGUAAAGGAACGGCCGAACAGAUGGCCAAGGCAGCAGAAAUGAUGCGUUCCGUGUGCAUGGGAAAGGUUAAGGUGCCGUUGGACCACGUGGAAGCGCUGGGCCGAGGCGAAUUCCCGGACAGUAAGGAUGCAAUGUGUUUUGCGAAUUGCGUUCUCGAAACGAUGCAGGCAAUGCGCAAAGGAAAAGUCUACGCAGAUCAAGCUAUCCGCAGCUCGGACAUGUUGCUUCCGCCGGAAAUCGGAGAACCGACUAAGGCUGCUUUUGACACGUGCCGUGAUUCUGCGGACGGUAUCAAGAACAAUUGUGAGGCCGCUUACGCCCUGCUGAAAUGUCUACACAAGAACAAUCCGAAGUAUUUCUUCGCUUAAAGGUAAACAAGUCUGUUCGGUCAUCCUUAAAAGUCCUGUACGUAGUUUUUCGGGUUAUAGCUUAAUAAAUAUAAGUACUCAG